UUUACUAAGAAAGAUAUAAUGGGGUUAUGUUAGUUCUGAAAUAAUAACAGAUACUGAAAUCGUUCAGGUACAACAGUAUUGCGAGAAUAAUUAAUUCGUAUAAAAAGGUAUCCUUGAAUUGCCAUGAUGUUAUCUCACACAGUUGCAUUAAAAAUUGCAUCAAGAAGUAUUAGCACUUCUGUUCCCUCCAAUCAAAUUAUUAAAUUAAGUCGUUUAAGGGUUGUUGAUAACAGUGAAAUUGGAAAAAAAGCUAUGCUAGAAGGGAAACCACCACGUUGUAUUCACGUUUAUAAUAAAGUAGGGGUUGGAUAUAUUGGUGACAGGGUAUUAGUUGCUAUAAAAGGUGAAAAGAAGAAAGGCAUACUAGUUGGUUUAAAGCAAAAGCAAAAUCCGAAAGUACCCAAAUUUGAUUCCAAUAAUUUAGUUCUCAUAGACGACAAUGGCACACCUUUAGGAACACGAAUACAUGUACCAAUACCUCAUAUAUUAAGAACAUUGUUAAAAGAGAAAACUCAUAGCAAAGGAGCAGAUUAUACUAAGUUACUUGCUAUUGCAUCAAGAUUUGUAUAAAAUUUGUCGAAUGUAUAGAUUUCUCUUUGCAAAGUUUACAUAAAAUAAGAUGUAUAAUAAAUAUCAUUUACGCGAAC